CGUCAACGUAAGAGACAAUAUGGCGGACCAUGAAGAUGUGUUGUAUUCAAAUUCAAGUAGGAGGGACGAUUCUCCAGGUGAUCAAGACCUCAGGAAUGAAAGAGAAGGCAGCAGAGAAAGCGAUCAUGACGACAGAGAUCGGCGAAGAAGAGGCGGUGAAUAUGAAAGAGAUUUGAGGCGAGAAAAUCGUCGGUACGCCCCGUAUCCUUCUCGCGAUGAGCGUUCGAGUUCGAGGCGACAGUCUGGAAGCGGAGGAAAAGAGUGCCGUGUUUACGUGUGGAACCUUUCAUAUGCUGUUAAAUGGCAAGAUUUGAAGGAUUUCAUGAAGAAGGGUAAUACUAUUAUUGUUGUUAGUGUAUUUAAAAUAGUUAUGUCUUGCCUGUCACCAUAUUCUAAACAACGACGAGCUUAGCGACAGGUACAUGGAGCCACAAGAUCUUUUUUGACAAAUAACAAUUAAUAAUUUCCUUUAGACGAAAUCGGCGAUGGCGAACCAUUGUUUUUGUACUGGAGGCUACGUUCUAACCUCAAAACGACUCAAGGGUUAAAGUGAUUUUAAAUUAGGUGGAUUUGUUUUCUUCUUUGUUUCGAACAAGCUUAGUUCGCAUUAGUCCUUAAGCAAAUCAAAUUAAGGAUUCAAUGCAUGUAAAUGUUGAUUUGGUAGUCGAUGAUGUGAAUUUGUAUUGAUACAUGUAUACAAUUUUUUUUCUAGUCGGAGAUGUGGCAUUUGUUGACAUUAUUGAAGACAGUCAUGGAAAAUCAAAGGUCCAAAAACCAGGAGAGAGUUUUAAUCUAUUUUUAAUAUGUAUUCCUGUGGUGGAGACUUAAUUAAAAAUGACAGUAUUCCAUAUUUCGGAUGCACUCCUCCUCCCCUCUCCUGAGGAUGGCAGGGUUUCUAGUGAAGAGGAUCUAGAGUUUUUCUCCAACAAAGCUGACAGCAUUUAUUUUUUUUAGGACAAUUUUUUCAAAGGAAGUGACUAAAAGGCAGUCUCUUAACCCAUAUUUUUCACAGGGCACUGAUAUGAAUUAGAAGAUUUUGAUGUCUGGAAUUUUAUUGAUUUUUAGUGGGGGGAGGAGGGAUUUGGGUGGAUGGAUAAGAAAUUGAACAUUCAAAAGUAUGAUGGAACUUUUACAUGUUAAUAUGUUGCUGGAACUGGAAGGGUUGAAUUAGUGCACUUUUAGUUAACUCCUUUUUUUUCCUUUUUGCAGGGAUGUGGGUAGGUGACUACAGUUUACAAAGAUAGUCAUUAAAUUUACAGGAAAGUAGAACAUUUUAAAAUGAAUGAAAUGAUGGCAUUGUAUCAUUGAUGAUAUUGUAACAAUUUAAUAAUCAACAAAUUUCUAUAAAUCUUACCAGUAUUUUUCCUUUUCCCCAAGUAUUGUUGAGUUCAGAAACAGAGAUGAUGCAGAUAAAGCCAUCAAGGAGCUUCAUGGAACAGAGUUCAGAGGAAGACCAAUACACAUUCGUGAGGUAUUUUGGAUGAAGAAUGUUUACUAGUAAACCCUCCACUGAUAAACUAGCUCAUAGAAUAGGCAUAAUUCUGGCAAGCAAGUACUCAAUACUUUGUUAGCAAAACUUAUAACCACCAUGUUUGAUUUUAAUGGCAGUGGAAGGCUGGGAAGGGAAAGAAAUUUGUACCAAGGGAGUGAGGUACAGUCAAAAAUAAGGAGAAGGGUGGAGGUACCCUCUACCCCCACCAAUUUCCUCAGACUCCCAAUCAAACAUGGCCAGUCAGAUAAAUGAUCACAAGCUUAUAAUGUGAACUUGCCCUAAUAAGAUGCCUGCACUGCAGGCUAAUGAUGAACUAGAUGCAAGUUUUAUGUCUUAGGUGUAAAAUGCAUUUUCUGAAUAUUUCUGUGGUGCCUGUAUACUAAAGUCUAGCAUACAAACAAAUGGACUACCACAUCUCUGCCUUUAAACCAAAAACUUGACUCUUGAUUAUAUUCUCUUCUACCAAUCAGGAUCGCAUUGAAGAGGGUGAUAGGCGUAGCAGGCCUCCCCCCAGGGGUCCUGACCCAAGGGAUCUUCCCUCUCUCACUGGAGGGGGUAUGUCUCUUGGUAAUCAUCUGGGAGGUGGUCUUGGAAGUGGAAACCUGGGCCUUGGAAACAGCAGUGGUCCUCUUGCCAACCUGUUAGGCUUGGGAAAUCUCAAUUCUGCUCAAGGACUGAAUUACAGGACAGAUCCAUUGUCAUGCACUGUGUUUGUCAGCAAUGUAAGUAGGCUUUGAUAUAUCUCUUACUAAUUGAGUUAGAGGUCUGCACUGUAAGUCAUGGCCUGAGUUUUUUCACUCAAAUUUAUUGCGAAAGCACGAAGCAUGCAAGGCGUAAAUGUGAGUGGGAAACUUGGAGCAAGUAACUUACAGUGCUGAUGGUGAAAACAAUGUUAGUGACAUAUUUAUUUUAUCUCUGGUUGCAAAGAACAAACAAACUUUUGAAUUUGGCAUUACAAUAAAAUAUGGCUUGCUAAAUUGACCAUUCAUAGUGCAUUUACUAUUUGACAGAUGCAAUAAACAUUCAUUAUCCACUUAAGGUAGUCCAUUAUCAAGUAAAUUUAGGGGCUCAGGGAUUUAUGUUUACCUUUUUCCUCCUAGCUUGAUUACAAAGUAACUUGGCAGAAAUUGAAAGACACCUUCAGAGGAGCUGGUAUGAUUUUAUCUGCACAACAUACAGUCUACAUGGACUUCUUCUGAUUUCCUUUUCAAACUUUCAGUUCCAUUGUUUCUUGUUCAGUUGGUUCUAAGGAAUCUUCUUUCAGUUAAUGUUAUGAUCAUGAUUGUUUUGCAGGUAAUGUUAUUCGUGCAGAUAUCAAUUUGGACUCUGAUAAUAAAUCUAAAGGUUUUGGCACUGUACAGUUUGAAACAGCUUCAGAAGCAAUAAAUGCAGUUUGUAUCCUUUUUUGUAGAUUAUACUCAGAAAUAUGCAGAGUUCUCUUUAUAUCAAAUGGAUGAAAAUUAAUGGUUUGCAGGAAAUUAACAGGAAAUACAAUUAAAAAUUUUAAUGGAACUUUUUUUGUGCAACUGCAUGUGCAUGCAUAACAGUGAUAAUAACAACAGUGAAACUGAUGACAGUGACUUAGGGCCUUGAAUUUUCACCACUUUUUCUUUUGUUUUUCUUUCUUUUUUGGGGGGGGAGGGGGGAGUGGUUUUGUGCUCUAUGGUCAUUAAUGAUUUUUCAAAUAGUAGCCUGCUCCUUUUUUUUGGGGGGGGGGUGGUUUUGUGCUCUAUGGUCAUAAAUGAUUCUUCAAAUAGUAGCCUGCUCCUUUUUGUUACAGUCAAAGAUCCUUAACUAAAAUCAGCUAUGUUGCAUGGUCAUGUUCUUAGUGACAGAGCAAUGAGUGUCAGGCUGGUAAGUUAAAAAAUUUGUGAUGUAAUUAAGGAGCCUUGAACCAUUAGCUUUAUUCAUUUAUUCACUUGUUUAUUGCAUUAUUUUGACAACGAGUGGUUCCUUGACUUAUAUGGGAGGAUGUAUCUGUUUAAGGUUACCAGCAAGGAAUGUCUCCUAACUUUAGCUAAAAAUUUGAGAGAAGAAAGGUGAUGAAAACGUAUUUUCUGGUUUAACACCAAAUCCUUUCUUUGAGAAAUGUAUGGCAGGCAAUGUAAAGAAUUGAUUGUUAGUUCUUGGGAUUGGAAGGGCCAAAAUGAUUUAACAUUUGAGUAAGGUAAAAAAAAUGAUUUUUAGUUUUUCUUUGUUAUAGAGCUAAAGUAAUUUGUACCAGGAACAAAUGAAAAAAAUUGAACUUGUUUUAAAUCCUUUUGACCUGAAACUUGUUUUGGAUUUCAAUGUAAAUAUAUGCUCUAUUUCUUUGUUCUAUUUGUUCAUUUAUUUUCAUGCAUUUACUUCAUUGAAAAUUUUGUAGGAACAUGGUGUGUGUUGGAGGGGGGUGGGGGGAAGGGGGGUAACUGUGAUUGAUGAUUGACUAGCAUCCAGUUCAUGAAAAUUAAAGCUCAGUGUUUAGCAGCUUAGAUAUUGCAUUGAGCUCUGGCAGGCUUAGAAAUCAUUCUCAAAUUAAUACUUAAGCACUUUCCUCGCAGCCACAACAGAAUGAAAAUCCAUUUUUUUCCCCUCAAGGAUCGCAAUGCACCCAUUAUGCAGCAGCUGAGUAACUUGGGUGUGAACAAUGCAAAUAUGGGUCGUGGAGGAGGAGGAGGAGGAGGGGGAGGAAACAACAUGAACCCCAUGGCAGUUCUUCAACUGCUUCAGAGUCUUCAGGGUCUUAGUACCCUGGCACAGUUGACCAGUAAUCUUGGUGCAUUGGGCGGCAGUGGUUUGGCUUCGGGUGGUGGUUUUGGUGGAGGGGGAGGAGGUUCUGGUGGUAUGGGUGAUUCCCCUGCUACUAACCCCCUGGCUGCUCUGAGUGGAUUGGGAAUGCUGGGCAACACUCUUGGUUUUGGCGGAGGAGGUGCUAGUGGCAGUGGCAGCAGUAGUGGAAUGGGUGGGCUUGGCUCAUCACUCCAUAGCGACAGUGGAGCUUCAGGAAGACAAGUCUUUGUCAGGAAUGUAAGUAACUGAAUCUAAGAUAUAAAUUGUUAAAUUGGAUAAAGAGGGUUUGGCUGAAAAAGUAUAACUUUAGACCAUGAAUGUCUCAUUAAAAGUCUGUCUUGUCUUCACCUUCACCACACCUUACUAUGAAUUAUCAGAAUACACGUCCAUGAGUUUUUUUCGCUCAUAAGAUUGCUCUUCUUGUAGCAUGAAAGAUGAUUUUAAUUGUAUUCCUUCAAUUUGACUUUGAAAUUUCCACAGCUUCCUUGGCGCUACACUUGGCAAGACUUGAAAGACAAGUUCAAAGGAGCAGGUGAUGUUAUGAUAUAAUUUUGAAAAAUAGUUGGCAUUACAUACAGGACGCGAACAAGAAGUGACCGAGUGGUUAUUGUGCUGAAAUGUGAUUCAAUGGUUCCGAGCAUAAGGCCUGAGCGGGUAAUUUUGUCGUGUUACUGGGCAAGGCUCUUGACUCUUACGGUGCCUUUCUUAUCACAGUAGAAUUGGCUUUUAGUGACCUGUCAGAGAAAAUUGAUAACAUACUGAAGGGAGUCGGGGUGGGUGGGGAUAAGCCGAGAUGGACUAGCUCAGGUUGUAGAGCGCCGGACUGCCGUGCGGGAGGCCGAGGGUUCAAGCCCCAGACGGGACCAACACUCAGGUUCUUAACAUAACUGAGGAGAGUGUGCAGCCUUUGCAAUGACAACUGCAAAUAUUGUCCAGGGGAAAUUGAAAAACCCACGUUCUUCUCGCAAAUAGUAAAGAACUUAUCUCCCGGUUUUGUGGUCUAGUCUUGUCUUCAAAACUGGCGGUAACUGAAAAAAUUUCCUGUCAAAAUCGUAAACUGCUCAGUGGGAUUGGCCAAAUUCCAAAGCGCAUCAGAGCAUAAUAACAUGGGUGAAAUGCAAUAUGAAAAUGCCACAUCAUGGUCUAAAACAGGUUUUUUUGCCCACAGGAAGAGUGGUUCGAGCCGACAUCAUGACAGAGUCCAGUGGAAGAUCAAAGGGCUGUGGAACAGUACUGUUUGAUGCCCCAGAGGACGCUGCUCAUGCAAUAAGUAUCCUUUGAAAGUGAAAAAAGUGUUUUUAUGUUAACAAAGAAGUCGCUUGAUUAAUUAUAGUACCUGCUCUCUCUUAAAGGUUUGCAUUUAUAAUGUAUGAUUCGGUUUUCGAGGUCAUCUCUUGUAAAGGUCGGUCAGGGGGCAAAAUGGAAAGAAAGCGUUAUGUCUGUUGCUUCAAAAAGGAUAACAUUCGCCCCAAACUUUUGCAACUUACUGAAGCAAAAUCCGAAGCUUUACGUAGUGACUGGAGAAGAAAUCUUUCAUUUUCUUUUCAAACAACAUAAAACUCAUGGCAGUCGCGCCUCAAUGAUUUUCGUUUUCCAAAGCAUUCAUGUGUUUUCAUUGGCUCCUUGUAACAGUAACAUUGAUUUGAUUGGAUGCUGUGAUUAAUUUGGUUUUGGUUUUAGACAUAACUAAAACCUACGCGCUUCAAGCUUAUUCCUUGACUUCGGUUCAGGUAUGUUCAAUGGAGCGAUGGUUGAUGGUCGCGAACUUGAUGUGAGGAUGGAUAGGUUGGGCUGAAAGGGAACGUGAAGCUGGGCUCGAAGGCUUUCUGGAGUGAACUUCUGAUGUAUUUGUCUUCUUUUGGACCAGCAGUUCAUGUUGUUAAUUCUCUUCUUUGGAGUUAUUGCAUCCGCGACCAAAUUCUCCUUUUCGUCAGUCCAGUUUGCCUUCCAGAGGUGGUCUGUAAAUCUGUGAAAAAAAGUUGUUCAAACCGGUACAGAUGUGGAGUGUUUGCUAAAAGUUUACAAAGGCUCCCCGAGGAAGGAUUGGAGUUGAAACUACUCGGUUGUUUUAUCAGGAUUACUCUUUUAAUUGUCGUUUUCCCCCUACUUUUGAUUAACUAGCAUUUGGACGUGUUCAUCUUUGUCACCUAGGUCCUACAGUUUGUCUUUGAUGAUUGGCAAAUUGUCUUCUCCCCAUUUGUACAACGUGAUUUUGAAGUUACUUGAGGAUUUUGUCGAUACGUUCUUGGCUGAGAACAGUGCUUCUUUCAAUUUGGUUUUAAAAAUUGUACGUUGACCCUAGUUGUUUUCGCAUGGACGAGUCGCACAUGUUGAAGCACUGACUGACAGCUUACUUUGUUAAGAAACAACAUGCAGUAUUUGACAGGUUUUGGUAGUAAGGUUUUAUUCUUCUUCCUAAUAGGAAGGUUUUGCUUGAAACAGGAUCGCUCUUGUAGGGUUCUCUGUUUAGUUUCGAGAUAUUAAAUGACCUUGAAAUAAAUGGCUUGUUUCUCUGUUGGGGUGAGUUGCCAAAAGUGAUGUGAGUGAGAUGGGUCGGGAGGUACAGUGGUAAAUGACAGCGUCGUAUUAAAGGGUGCGAUGUGUGUUCUCUAGGUUUUUGUAUUUUGGUGCUGUUAUUUCUCUAUAUUGGUCGUAGGGUCAUGUUAUGAGUGAGUUUUAAAUACGCGAUCCCAUUCGUUAGGCUACAAGCGUAGCAAAAAGAGGAAAAUUAGAGAAUGGAACCUCAGACCUUCGGAUUUUCGUUAUUUGACUCUGCCACCGAGCUGCAGUAAACUCGAUGGCAGUGGUAGGGCAUAUGCGAGGUUCAUAUGUGAAAGUGACACAUGGUUUGAUGGGAGUAGAUUAUUCGAUGAAGGAGUUCAAAAUUUACGAUCUUUCAAGAGAGACUUGCUGCAGUCAGGCUUUGAUAUUACACUUAACAAACCUCAGAUCGUACAUUUUGGGUGUGGUUGGGUCAUGGAAAGCAUGUAGUGGUAGUCUCAUAUCAUGGUACCGUGAGGUGUUAAUAUGGGUGUGGUGGGGUCAUGACAUAGGUGUCGUAGGGUUAUUUUAUGAGUGCCACUGCACUUCAAGGUCGUAGUUGUUGUAUUCCUGGG